AUGGCCAUCAUCUCAAGCGAUCCUAGUUGGUGGCCGCUCAUCAAUUCACAUAUUAUUUCCAGCUAUUUUAUAGUUGCUGCCUCGAUCGGGGUAAUAUACGAUUGGGUUCUUGCAUUCGGACAAGAGAUUGAAUUGAUUUUGAAGCAACGCUGGUCCCUGAUGACCGUCCUGUAUCUCACUGUGCGCUACGUUGGAUUAAUAUAUGUUGGUGGCUGUUCAGAUAAUACCGCUAAACGAUGCAGCCUUUACAUGUACUUCGCGCUAUAUUGGAUAAUGUGGAUCCUAAUUGCAUUACUUGGUGUUAUCAUGAUUGCUCGUCUGCAUGCCAUGUAUCAACGAUCCAGAAACGUUCUGGUGCUCCUCGUUGUUGUCUUUGUGGCCAUCAAUGUCGCCAACAUAGUGAUGCUCAUAAUAAAUAUGAGGUAUAUUUCAGCGGUCUGGAUUGCUUUAAAGCACUUCCGUGAAUUGCGACAACACUCCGCGGGAGGUAUCAUUGGGGACUGUUUCACGGUGUUAAUGAAAACUCACAUGAGUUACUUUGUGAGUUUUUUGCUUCUCUCUCCGUUAUUUUUCGCCAACGAUGCACGAGGAUCCAUAUUCUCCAACAGGGCUGUUUUAUUUUGGUCAACUGUGCUGGGACCACGCCUGAUCCUCGGUGUUCGAGAAUAUCACGCUCAGCUCAUGAUCGACGCCGAUGCAGGACCUAGCAUGAUUUCAAUCGCUUUCCAAGACUGCUACUCGAUGAAGUUUGAGAAUGAAGUAACAAGUGAUUGGAAUUGGAACGUUCCGACUGUGGAGGAGAGGGAGCAUUUGAGGCGCCUCAUGACAGGAGUUAUAAUGGUAAAGGAUGUCAAUUCGAAGCCUGAAGCCCACCUGCAAGACCAGCCCAGCUUUCACUUCCUGCUCCCUAUCUGA